GUGCCUUGCCUUGUCUUCCUAUCCAUUGCGCAUGUCCAAAGUUAAUAAUGAAAAUGGCUGCUAUGGGUUUCAUACCUGCCGACGGCGAGAGAAAACAAGCGGGAGAGGAUGCAGAGAGCUCAGAGAGGAGUGGCAAUGAAGAGGAAAAUGAGGACCUGUCAUGUGAAGAGGAGGAAGAAGGAAGUGCCGGGAAGGUCGAAGCCGGUUCGUUGAAGCUCCGCGUCGCCGUGAGCUCGGCCCAGACCAAGAAGAAGAAACACAAGCACCGCAGCAAACACAAGCGACAGAAGCACGUCUCCCCAGAGGUCAAGGAGCGGCGCCACCGGCACAAGCACAAGAGGCACAAGCGUAAAGACAACCCCUCAACCGAUGUCUUCUCAAACUGUGGCGAUGACGACGCUUCCCUGUACUCCUCCUCUGCCAAGCACCCAAGACUGGAAGAUGAUGAGAUGGCACUUCUGGAGGAGCUGGAGAAACAGAGGGCCCUGAUCCAAGCCGAGCUAGACGGUGAACUAACUGAGGGGGGCAGGGGGGUACAGUCGGACAUGGGGCUCAUACUCCAGGGCUACCACUCUGAUGAGGAUGGGGAGCUUCAGGUGGAGAGGGAGCACAAUGGGCAGCACUGGUGUAUAGGGGCAACAGGUCCCGGGUCCGGCUCACAGACCGCUAAGGACACCUGUAGAGGACGGCGAGAGUCGACAGAUGCCGGAAAAGCUAAGCAGAGCAAUCCCAAUAAAAAUGCCAGGAAGAGCAGGACAGACGGGAAGACCAAGGAUCGGAUGAGAGGACGGAGCACGUCCAGGGAUAGAGACGGCAGAAGACAUUCCAGGAGUUCAGUGUGCUUUAGGUCUCCUCCUGGUACCAGCAAGCAGCCUUCCCCACCGGCUCAGAGCAGAGGAGCCCAAAAUCAGGAGCCCAGCGGCAGCAACCACAAGUCACCCGAGCACUACAAGGCCAGGUGGCCAGAUAAGGAAAGGGACAAGAAGGCGACCAAGUCCCCCGCUAAGGACGCUUCCUCUGGGAAGGAGAACCGCUCUCCAGGCCUGCGAGGGAGGCCGCCAGGCCCCGCCCUCCAGCUGCAGCGCAGCACGUCCCCAUCACAAUGUCAGAACUCCCUGGACUCAUCCUCAGGCCCCCAGGCAGCUGAGCGAAGGGCCAUGUCACCGUCACCACCCAGAGGGGGUCACCCACGCUCCCCGGAGAGUCGAAGGAGAGUGAUUGACCGACUGAGACUUCCACCUGGCAGGAUGUGGAGCCAGGAAGAGGCAGGGGUCCGUAGGGACACUAGCCCGGCCCUAGGUGCCCGGCGACGGUUCAGCCGCUCACCUUUCAGGCGGAGAUCGCGCUCUCCCAGGAGAUGCAGCAGGUCACCAUUCAGGAGGAGGUCGUUGGAUCGGUUGGGACGGAGGCUGCGGUGGCGUUCCAGAUCCCAGGAGAGGAGAUGGAGCCGGGACAGAGAGGACAAGUUCAAAGGCAGCCUCUCGGAGGGAAUGAGGGUCGACAAGGAGGACUCUGAAGAUGAAGUGCUGGAAGAUUACGAUGUGGAUGAGGAGGAUGAGGAGGCUCUCAUUGAACAGAGGAGGCUACAGCGCCUGGCCAUCGUCCAGAAGUACAAGGGAGGGAACGAGGGUAGUAACAUGUCGGCACCAUCGGAGCCCGGCAGCCCCCAGAGCAGCCCACGCAGCCGCUCGCCGUCGCCAGACGACAUCUUGGAGCGCGUGGCGGCCGAUGUCAAAGAGUAUGAGCGGGAAAACGUGGACACCUUCGAAGAAAACAUCAAGGCAAAGCACAACUUCAUCAAACAGGAAAAAGACGGUACACUGAAGGAACCAACCCGAAAAAAACAUCCGCCCCUGAUAUGUUCACUGAAUCGGAUGACAUGUUCGCCGCCUACGAUUGAUUUAUGGUCACUGCAGAGUGCAAGGCUUCGAGCAGCAGGCAUUGGGAAGGACUUUAAGGAGAACCCCAACCUCCGAGACAACUGGACAGACGCAGAGGGAUACUACCGACUAAAUAUCGGGGAGAUACUGGACAAGCGGUACAGCGUGUACGGCUACACGGGCCAGGGGGUGUUCAGCAACGUCAUCCGCGCCCGAGACGUGGCCCGCGCCAGCCAUGAGGUGGCCAUCAAGAUAAUUCGGAACAACGAGCUCAUGCAGAAGACUGGGCUGAAGGAGCUGGAGUUCCUUAAGAAGCUCAACAAUGCUGACCUGGAAGACAAGUUCCACUGUCUGCGGCUCUUCCGACACUUCUACCACAAGCAACACCUCUGUCUGGUCUUCGAGCCUCUCAGUAUGAACCUGCGCGAGGUACUGAAGAAGUAUGGCAAAGACGUGGGCCUCCACAUCAAGGCGGUGCGCUCUUACAGCCAGCAGCUCUUUCUGGCCCUGAAGCUGCUGAAACGCUGCAACAUCCUGCACGCCGAUAUCAAACCUGACAACAUCCUGGUCAACGAGUCGAAAACCAUCCUAAAGCUCUGUGACUUUGGUUCAGCGUCGCACGUGGCAGAGAAUGACAUCACGCCCUACUUGGUCAGCCGGUUCUACAGGGCGCCUGAGAUUAUCAUCGGGAAGCCUUACGACUAUGGGAUCGACAUGUGGUCCGUUGGCUGCACUCUGUAUGAGCUGUACACGGGCAAGAUACUUUUCCCAGGGAAAACCAACAACCACAUGAUUAAGCUCGCCAUGGACAUCAAGGGCAAGAUGCCCAACAAGAUGAUCAGGAAAGGCGUGUUCAAGGACCAGCACUUUGACCAGAACCUCAACUUCCUGUACACAGAAGUAGACAAAGUCACUGAAAGGGAGAAGGUGACAGUGAUAAGCACCAUCAACCCCACCAAGGAGCUGCUGGCUGACAUGGUGGGCUGCCAGCGUCUCCCUGAAGACCAGCGCAAGAAGGUUGCCCAGCUCAAGGACCUGCUGGACCUGACCCUUAUGCUGGACCCGGCCAAGAGGAUCAGCAUCAACCAGGCCCUGCAGCACCCCUACAUCCAGGAGAAGAUCUUCUGAGCAUAUCUUACUGUACCACUCACAGUCAUGCAUUGAUUGAUUGACACAUCCAGAAGCUAGUACUGAGUCCCUAGUUUGACUAUGUUUGGACCCCACCCCAGCCCAAUAAAUGUAUUUAUUUGAGCUGGCAGACUCUGCUGAUGGAGAGGAAGUAGUAUUAUCUUUCUUCCCCUGUUUGAACAACACACACAUGCUCUCCCGUUUUACAUUGAUCUAAGGACUUGUAUUAUAUAACCAUAGUAGGGGUGUGAACAUUUCAAUGUUUAAUCGAAAUUGAAUCCUUAAUGUUAAGGGAAAACAUUUAAUUGUGUUUUUUUUUUUUUUUCUACAAAAUUUAAAUCCCAGUGCAGUUAUCACAAAACUACCACUAACAGGUCCUGAUCAUCAUAAAGGGAAUAGGCCUACCUAACACAACAAUGCUGUAACGUUAGUAAGAGGGGAUAUGCAUCCGCACGUCAUCGUCGUUAACAGUUUGAAAAAAAGUGCUUAUUACAGUUGGUAUGCAUCUGUUUUCAAUGGACUAUUUGAGUUGUGAGGUCAUUUGUUAAAUGAAGAACUGCAAACGCCAUUUGAGCCUCGACUCACGCUACUGAAACGGGUGCGUCUUUCUCAUAAAUUUCGCAGUUUACUCCCAUUUCAACAGGGUGUUAUUCCUUUUAUAAUGGUAGUUGAGACAUAUAGUCAACAGCAUUAGAAAGCUAAAAUGAUUCCCUUUUUAACCAAUCUGUAUUUAGUGGGAUUUCUUUUGCCCUGUGUUUAAUUUGUGAGCUUAAACUUGGUGGCAGGCUUUUGUUAAUCAUGAAAUAAAGUAGACCCCUAGACUAUUGAAUACACAAUUUGCCUUCAUCAAAAUAAUGUUUUUGUUUCAUAUUUUAUUAUGGAACCUGCUUAGGUUUAGGGGGGGGUUGUAACCUAUUCUAAAUGGAACACUAUAGCAGUUCACAAAAAAGCCUAAAAUAGCAACUGCAGUUAUUCCAAAUCAUGAUAAUGCCCUUUUAGUGUAAGAGCUGUUUGAGAAGACAGCCUGAAAUUUCAACCUGUUUUGGUGAGAUGAAGUUUUGGCCUGCCUGGUGACAUCACUGGGUGGGAAAUUAGUUAAGACCAAUAAGAAAGAGUUCCAAACCUCUCUUUCAAUAAUUUUCAGUUUUCCCUUCCCCACUAAGAGCACUCCCAGACAGUCCUAGCAAAAUUCUUGCUUGUGAAAUUACUGUUAGCUAAGAAGCUAUUUUUGUUUCUUUUUGACCAUUUUAAUUGAAAACAUUCACGGUAAGGUACUUAAUUGUUACCCAGAAAUUAUUUGAUAUUGAGAUAAAAAUGGCUGUAUUAGACCUUUAAGGCCUAUUGGGAGCUUGGGUGCAUGUGUGUAGAGGGAGCGGUCGGAUCGUAAUUUCACCUGCAGAAGCCCAUUCCAGAUGCCACCUACUGUAAGCCCACGGUAGAACUUAAUUUCCCCCUAGCGGUCAUACCAUGCAAUAUGAUUUGACAUGGAAUUUUGUUAAAUGUUCUUAUCGUUUUAACGGGGGGAAAACUUUUUUUUUUUAAAUGGCAGUUUAAACGUUAAGAAAUAUUUUCCAUUUGUCACAUCCCUAAACCAUAGUAGGGCUCCAAGCAGAAUGUCUGCUUUACAACAUAUUUUCCAUCUCCGCCUACCUGCAAGCCAGAUAAAAAGCUUAUAAUGACGCACUCAUAAAGAGUUUUGAGUUUCAUCCACUUGGAUUUUCAGUUUUUGAUUGGCCCCUUGCAGGUGACUGAAGGUGGAUGAUAUUGUAGCUGUAAAAAUAUAAUUCUGAUUGUUGGGGUUUACUGUCAUUCACCAGUUGCCAAGGCUGUGACGAGCAGGGAGGGGGUCCAGAUAAUGAUCACAGUUAUUUAACUUGGGCUUUGUUUGAUUGGUCGCAACCCAAUUGUUCGUAACCCAAUGCCCUAAACCUUUUGAAUGGCAUGUUUGUACAGUCUGUAGAAGGUGAAGUCUUGCAGACUUGGCAGCUCCUUUGACUUACUAUUAUUCUGUGCGGUUAUUACCUGUCAUGCCCUGUGUUGUGUUGUGGUGCAGGGCCAGCGUAAAUGCUAUUUAUAUCCACGUCUCCCCCAGGUAUUGAAAACCCAGAGUGCUCCCCCACUCACCCCGUCCCCCACCCUGGUGUCUGUGCAGGCCCUGGUCCGCAUGCCCGUUCUGCCGCUGCCUGUAGGUCUGUCAGUGCUGAAAACCCAAACUGUUGGGGGUCCUACUUGAGCCCACCUGCAGGGAUGGCCCCUCCUGUUUAAAGCAGAUUGUAUACCACUUUCAGUACAUUGAAGGUAAGCUAUCCCCCCUCUUCCAAAAAACAAAACCCAUCAACUUCACCUGGUUAUUACCUCGUAUGUUUAUUUAUUUUUAAAAUAUAUUUUAAUAUUGUACACAUUGUUUUAGCCAGAUGCCAUAAUAGACAUGGUUUACAUGUUGUUUAAAAAUAUGUCAAAGACAAACUGGAUAAAAGUAAACUUAAUCAAGUCACGCACCCAAAUUGUGGAGAGGAAGUUGGGUCGGGUAUGGGGGGGCUGCAUUCAACAAGCUAUGAUGGACAAGAGCACCUUCAGUGUACUUAUCUUAAUGGAACAGCUCAGAAUUUAUUGCUCUCCUGUAACGAAUACCUUUUUGUUUUUCAUGUGUUCCCUUGAUACAAUGUUAGAAACUGCAUGUGAGGAUAGCAGUCUUGCUAUGUAUUCAAACUCAUGUGUUGCAAUUAUUUUAGGCAUGUUCCUCUAAAAAAGAAGGAUAUUUAAGUGUUUUGUUUCCCUCUAUCAUUGGUUUUCAUGUUUUGUAUGACCAUGUUGUCUUUUGAUACAGGGAUAUUUAUUCUCUGAGCUUUGAGUCUGCUUGUUAUGAGCGGUAAUUGCCUCUACUUUAUUUUGUGUUAUAUAUUUUAAUGUUCUUAUAGGAGCAAAACAGAAAUAAAAGAGCCCACACAUGUGUAGCUGAUGGAGAAUUUAUGCCUUUUUCCACAAAUGUCUUCCCUACAUACACAUGCCAAUGUUCAGGCCCCUUUAAGUGUCUAACAAUUAACCGAAAUUCUGUAUUUUUAAAACUAAUCCACAAACCUUAACUAGAAUACUUUCGUUUUCAUCAGCUUUUUGUGCAGUUUUUAGGCUGGAAUCCCAACUUGAUUUGUGCGCAUAACUUGAUGAACACAGAUCUCAAGUUAGGAUUUGGCACUUGUAUGCUAAAUUUAGUUUCAAACCAAAUAAGCAAAAGACAACACAAAAAAUAUAUAUUUUUGUGUGCUUUUUUUUACUGACACUAACUGAUGUUUGAUGUUUUUCCCAACAAUGAUGUUUCCUGUGGUGGCUGAGAGCGAGACAGAGCCCAGCACCUUCUCCAGCCUGGGCUCCACUUUCAGAGAGACAAGACCUCCACAAAGCCACUUAUCAAGGUCCUUUUUGAUGGCAUGGGUAGAUACAAAAAGCAAACAACACUGGGGUGAUAGAAAAGACAAGAUGGGGAAUCACUUUCACUUACUAUUUUAUUAAAUGCAUUUAUAAUAGACACUCAUAAUAACAUACCUUAAAAGUUUGUUUCCAUACGUUUUCUCUCACAAUACUUUUAUGGCCUCCUUCCUUUUCUCCACAUGACAUCUACUCUUUCUGGUUAAAAAUAUAAUUCCAAGCUGCUCAUAUACCUGACUGUGGAUAUUUGGUUAAUCAUAUGGCUCUAAACUAGUUCCAGAUUGCUACAAGCAAGGCUUCAGGUAUCUUGUCUUUUAACUGUGUUAAAGUUGAACCAAGAUACUUUUCAUUUGUUCUCUAUAGGUGCUGCCACUUUAGAGAAGAAACUCACAAGGAACCUCAUAUGGACAAAGGUUUCUGUUCUGGAGAUAGUUACUGUAUUUGUAAAGGUGGAGUCGUCAAUAUGACAAUCAUACAAAACGGGGCAAAUUACUGCAUACAUAAAUCAACAACAGUAUUCAAAUCUUCUGAGAUUGCUACUUGAGGCUUUUCCCAAUCUGGGCGAGGCUCAAGGGAGGGUGCAGAUUUGGCAUAUUUCUUAUUCUGUUUUCUUUAAGCAGAAAGAAGCCCUGCUGUGUAUGAUGUAAUUUUGAUAAGUCAACCUUUUAUAGACAUGAUGUCAUGAUCUGAUUUGCUGUUAUUUUUCAAACAUGUUAGCAGAAACUACUGUAGUUACCAUAAUGAGCCAGUAUUGGACACACCGGGUGAUAUUUUGGACCCAUUAUAGAUAUUUGAGAUUUGUUCAUGAACUCAAUGCUUUGCUUAUGGAUUCUGAGCAAAGCCAAAUAGAUGGCAAUCGUAUUAGGUAAUUUAGAUUGAACAUAUGUUACAAUUUGGCUAAAUCUAUGCCAAAGUGACCAUCAACAAUAAGGUAAUACCGUUUCUUGUUAUUGAUAAAUAUGGCCAGAUUCAUAUCACUGUGUUAACGUUGCAAUUUUGUGUUUAUUUUUCAGGGUAAGUCAGAACUUAUUUUCCCUGUCUGGGUUUCAUCAGUCUCCUUUUUCUGCUUUGGUGCACAUGUAAGACUCAAGGCCAGAGAGAUGUUCAACAAUGGGCCCUGUAGAUAUUUCUCAGAAACAUUUUAAAACAGAAAUGUAUUAAAACAUAUGGAACACUUUUGUCCAUGUACUUAACUUUAUUUGUGUAAUCCAACCCAAAUAAUCGGACACCACUUUUUCCAAUAUAUGAUAACACAUCUAUGCAUAUUUUGUCUGCUGUUGAGAACAUAACUUGUAUUCAUUUUCACGUGUGUUUUAAUAUAAUAAACAUGUCUGUGAAAAA